AUGUACAAAAUGCUUAGAAAACAUUUUCGGCGAAAAUCAGCAGCAGCAACAACAACAACAACAAUAGAAGCAGCAGCAGCAACAACAACAACAAAUACAACAAUGUCGACCAGAAGGCGAACAACGACAACAACAACAGCAACAGCGACGCGAACACUGAUCGACAAUUGUCGAUCAUUAAAGUCUGCCUGCAACUUAAUUGCUUUAAUUUUAAUAUUGUUAGUCCAUAAGAUAAAUGCGGCCGGUAAUUUCGAGCUGGAGAUAUUGGAAAUUUCAAAUACCAAUAAUCAUCUGCUGAGCGGCUAUUGCUGUGGCCUGCCAGCAGAGCUGCGCGGAACCAAAACGACGGGCUGCUCACCCUGCACUACAGCGUUUCGUUUGUGUCUCAAGGAGUAUCAGACAACAGAGCAAGGGGCGAGCAUAUCAACGGGUUGCUCCUUUGGCAACUCCACAACAAAAAUCCUAGGUGGCUCGAGCUUUGUGCUCAGCGAUCCUGGUGUAGGAGCUAUUGUGCUGCCCUUCACAUUUCGCUGGACGAAGUCGUUUACGCUGAUAUUGCAGGCGUUGGACAUGUACAACACAUCCUAUCCAGAUGCGGAAAGGUUAAUUGAAGAAACAUCAUACUCGGGCGUGAUACUGCCCUCGCCCGAAUGGAAAACUCUGGACCACAUUGGUCGCAACGCUCGCAUCACCUACCGCGUCAGAGUCCAAUGCGCCGUUACCUACUACAACACGACCUGCACGACCUUCUGCCGGCCCCGAGACGAUCAGUUCGGACACUAUGCCUGCGGCUCCGAGGGUCAGAAGCUCUGCCUGAAUGGCUGGCAGGGCGUCAACUGUGAGGAGGCCAUUUGCAAACCUGGUUGCGAUCCCAUACACGGCAAAUGUGAUCGACCCGGCGAGUGCGAAUGUCGACCCGGCUGGCGCGGACCGCUGUGCAAUGAGUGCAUGGUCUAUCCUGGCUGUAAGCAUGGCUCCUGCAAUGGCAGUGCCUGGAAAUGUGUCUGCGACACCAAUUGGGGUGGCAUACUCUGCGAUCAAGAUUUAAAUUACUGUGGCACCCAUGAACCGUGCAUGCAUGGUGGCACCUGCGAGAAUACAGCGCCCGAUCAAUAUCGCUGCACUUGCGCCGAGGGAUUAUCGGGUGAACGGUGCGAGAUUGUGGAGCAUCCGUGUGCCACACAGCCGUGCAAGAAUGGCGGCACAUGCACGCUCAAGCCAACGAACAUGACCAAGCAGACGACAACAUAUCGCUCCAUACGCGGCAUGAGCUCUGCCAUGGGCAAGCCGAUAAGCAGACGCAAUUCAAUGCGCAGUCUUGCCGGGUUGCGAGCGGCUCAAGGACAGGGGCAGGAGUCGACAGACAUUGGUAGUCAACAGAAUGGAAGCAGCAGCACAAGCAGAGAUGCUGCCCACCAGCUGCCCCCUUUAGUUGAAUUCACUUGCGGCUGUGCCACUGGCUGGACGGGACCGACAUGCGAAAUAAAUAUCGAUGAGUGCGCCGGCGGUCCCUGCGAGCAUGGUGGCACUUGUGUCGAUCUAAUCGGCGGCUUUCGCUGCGAGUGUCCGCCCGAGUGGCAUGGCGACCUCUGUCAACUGGAUGUGAACGAAUGUGAGGCGCCGUAUGCGCCUGUGAGCGGUGGCACCACAACCACAGCCGCUGCUCUGCUGACAACCACAGCUGCGUCGAUUAUGGGCAGCAAUAUAACUUCGGCUGCCUUGCUGGCUGCCCUAACGAGUGCAGUGGUCGCCUCCACGUCCCAUACUGGACCGUGCAUCAAUGCAAGGGAAUGCCUCAAUUUGCCGGGCUCCUUUUCGUGUGAUUGCCUCGAGGGCUGGGGCGGUCCCACAUGCGCCCAAAAUCUAGACGAUUGUGUGGGUCAGUGUCGCAACGGAGCCACCUGCAUUGAUCUGGUCAACGAUUAUCGCUGCGCAUGCGCCACGGGCUAUACAGGUCGCAACUGUGAGACGGACAUUGACGAGUGCGCCAAUUCGCCGUGCCGGAACGGCGGUGAAUGUGAGAAUAUGGUCGGCAAGUUCAACUGCAUCUGCCCGCUGGGUUACUCGGGCACACUAUGUGAGGAAGCCAAAGACCAUUGCACUCCCUCACCCUGUCUGCAGGGUAGUUGCCUGAACACACCUGGCAGCUUCUACUGUCACUGUCCACCGGAUCGCGCCGGCAAGCACUGUGAGCAGCUGCGUCCGCUCUGCUCGCAGCCGCCCUGCAAUGAGGGCUGCUUUGCCAAUGCCAGCAAUGUGCCAGCUACGACACUAACAACAACAAUAACAACUGCAACAAUAUCGAAGACAACGAUGCGCGCAUCCAGCGGUCUACCCUGCAGCGGACAAGGCAGCUGCGAAAUGAGCGACGUGGGCACCUUCUGCAAAUGUCAUGUGGGCCACACGGGCACCUUCUGCGAGCACAAUCUCAACGAAUGCUCACCGAAUCCUUGUCGAAAUGGCGGAAUUUGCCUUGACGGUGACGGCGACUUUACAUGCGAGUGCAUGUCCGGCUGGACAGGCAAACGUUGUUCGGAGCGCGCUACCGUCUGCUAUGCUGGCCAAUGCCAAAAUGGCGGCACCUGCAUGCCGGGUGCACCAGACAAGGCAUUGCAGCCACACUGCCGCUGCGCACCUGGAUGGACGGGUCUCUUCUGCGACGAGACCAUCGACCAGUGCCGUGGUCAGCCUUGCCACAAUGGAGGCACCUGCGAGUCGGGCGCUGGCUGGUUUCGCUGCCUCUGUGCUCAGGGCUUUUCGGGUCCGGAUUGUCGCAUCAAUGUAAACGAGUGCUCACCACAGCCAUGUCAGGGCGGCGCCACCUGUAUCGAUGGUAUCGGCGGCUAUACCUGUAUAUGUCCGGCUGGACGUCAUGGACUCCGCUGUGAGAUUCUGCUUUCAGAUCCGAAAUCUGCCUGCCUCAAUGCCAGCAACACAAUUUCGCCCUAUUCCGCGCUCAAUCAGACUCACAACUGGCUAGAAACCGCGCUUUCGGGCCGCACCGACGAGGAUGAAUAUUGCAAUGCUUGUGUCUGUGAGAAUGGAACUUCACGGUGUACACGUCUUUGGUGUGGACUGCCUAAUUGCUUUAAGGUAGACCCGCUAUCCACGUCCUCCAACCUCUCGGGCGUUUGUAAGCAACACGAGGUGUGUGUGCCGGCCCUAAGUGAGACCUGUCUAUCCCCACCUUGCAAUGUGCGUGGGGAUUGUCGUGCUCUGGAACCAUCCCGUCGUGUCGCACCACCACGCCUGCCAGCCAAGGCCAGCUGUUGGCCCAAUCAAGCGCUAGUUAAUGAGAAUUGUGCACGCCUUACGAUCUUGCUCGAUCUAGAACGUGUGGGCAGAGGCAAUUCGGUGGAGGGUCUGUGCUCCCUGGUGCGUGUGCUCCUAGCCGCUCGGCUGGUUAAGCUGCCAGUCCCACCCCAGCAGAGCUCGGAACAGGAACAGUCCAUGCUCAUGGUGCUGUGCGAUCUCAAGACGGGGACCAACGAUACCAUCGAACUGACUGUGUCCUCUUCCAUGCUUAAUGAUCCAGAACUGCCCGUGGCCGUUUCUCUGUUGGGUGAGCUACUCUCCUCGCGCCAACUCAAUGGCAUCCAACGUCGUAAUGAGCUGCAGCAUGCCAAGCUGGCUGCACUUACCUCCAUACUAGAAGUUAAGUUAGAGACGGCGCGUGUGGCGGAUGGCAAUAGCCACAGUUUGCUCAUCGGUGUGCUCUGCGGCAUCUUUAUUGUGCUGAUCGGAUUCUCCAUUUUCAUCAGCCUGUAUUGGAAGCAGCGCAUGGCCUAUCGCAGCACCUCGGGGAUGAAUUUGACACCCUCGCUGGAUGCAUUGCGGCACGAGGAGGAGAAGUCCAAUAAUUUACAGAACGAGGAGAAUUUGCGACGCUAUACGAAUCCGCUGAAGGGCAGCACCAGCUCCCUGCGUGCAGGCAAUGGCAUGGAACUGAGUCUGAAUCCUGCACCCGAGUUGACCGCCGUUUCGGCACUGGCAGCUGCGGCGGCCACAAGUUCGGCAUUGCAUCGGUCGCAGCCUCUCUUUCCGCCCUGCGAUUUUGAGCGGGAAUUGGACGCGAGCACCGGUCUGAAGCAGGCGGCCCAGAAGCGCGGCUCACAGAUAUUGCUGCACAAAACACAGAACUCAGACAUGAAGAAGAACACGGUGGGCUCGCUGGACAGUCCACGCAAGGAUUUUGGCAAGCGCUCGAUCAAUUGUAAGUCGCUGCCGCCGCCGGCUUGUGAUGAGAAUGAUAUGCUGACCACAGUGGUCGUGUAGUGGACCGACGGGGCAAGACGAGCAAUUCGCAGUGAUCUCAGUGACCCCGCAUACACAACACCACACAACCACACACCAGAUGCUCAUCCAUAUGCCAAGCGCAUCGUUGAUCGUUUUAUGUUCCUGGCGACUUCGUUUUUAUACAUACGAGUAUAAUAUGUAUUUUAUAUUUUGCAUU